AGUCUCUAUAGGUUGGUUCAAAACAACGGACUAACGCUCAAACAGUAAAAUGUCUUCGGACUGGCAACAUGGAAUAUGUGGGUGUUUCGACAAUCUGGGAAUCUGUAUCAUCGCCUACGUAGUCCCGUGCUACACGGCCGGCAAAAACGCCGAGGCGGUUGGCAAUAGUUGCUGCUUGUGUGGACUCGCUUUCUUCAUCCCCAUUGUAAAUAUCUGUGCCGCUGUUUCUACAAGAGGAAAACUUAGGGAGCAGAAAGGCAUCGACGGGAGCUGUCUGAGCGACUUCUUGACCAUUCUGUUCUGUCCAUUGUGUGCGAUGGUGCAGGAAGCCCAGGAGACCCAGGGGAUGGGAGCUAACUACAUGGUGCGGGAGUGA